AUGAGCGAGGAGGACCCGAAACGGUGGGAUCUGACGACCAAGAUUGGUGAGUACUUGGACCGCCAUUUGUCCUACCCGAUGAUUGAAUUCAUCGAAUCGAAAAAUCUCUUCGAUUCCGCGGAGGUUUCGCGGGCGAAGAUGGAACUUUUAUCGAAAACGCGCAUGGUCGAUCUCGCCGGGGAUUUGUACAAGCAAAUCAACAACGCGUCGGAUAUUCCGGAGGAGAUGAAGCAAAAGAGAACCGAGGUUAUUUCUUCUUUGAAGAGUGUGAGCGAUACGUGCUCGAAGUUGCUCGCGUUUCUGAAAGAACACGGCAAGACGUUGUCGAAGUCGGACAAAAGAGCGAAUAAGAGUUUGUUAAAAGAACAGCACUCCGUGGGAGAGGAAGAGAUCGAGGGGUUGUUUCAAUACGCGAAAUAUCAGUUCGAUUGCGGGAAGUACGAGAUUUCCGCGGAGUUGUUGGGGCAGUUUCGUUUGCUGAGCGAAGAUCAAGGGAAACUAAGAGCCGCGUUGUGGGGGAAAUUGGCCUCGGAUUGUUUGUUACAAAACUGGGAACACGCGAUGGAGGAUUUAACGCGCUUGAGAGAGGCCAUUGAUAACGGUCACUUCAAAACGAGUUUGGAGCAAAUGCGCAACCGAUGUUGGUUGUGUCACUGGAGUUUAUUCGUGUUCUUUAACCACCAAGAACACCAACCGCACGGCGGCGGAAUUUUGGGUUUGUGCGACAUGUUUUUCCAAGAGCGAUACAUGCAAGCGAUUCAGUACGAAGCGCCGCACUUGCUGAGAUAUUGCGCGUGUGCGGUCAUCAUGAGCAAACGAAGACGCGGGAUGAUCAAAGAUAUCUCCCGAAUCAUGCAAGUGGAACCGUACAGAGACCCGAUGUUGGAAUUCUUCGACCAACUGUUUGUGAAAUUCGAUUUCGACGCCGCGCAAAAAGCUUUAGAAAACUGCGAAGCGAUGAUGCGAAACGAUUUUUUCCUUUCGAAAUUCGUCGACGAGUUCAACGAACACGCGCGAAUGCACAUCUUCGAAACGUACUGCAGAGUUCAAAAAACAAUCAAAAUCGAAGAAUUGGCCAAGAAGUUGAACUUGGACACCGAAGCUGCGGAAAAAUGGAUCGUAAACUUGAUUCGAACGAGCAAACUUAGAGCGAAAAUUGACAUGGACCAAGGCGUGGUGACGAUGAUGACUGAAACGCACACCCCGCACGACCAACUCAUCGAACGGACAAAAGGAAUGUUAUCAAAAACGUACCAGUUGGCGCACGCCGUCGCGAGCGGCGCGCACCUCGGCGAAGGUACCGGUAGUGGUGGCGGCGGUGGAGGAGGGUACCAUCAUCAUCACCAUCACCACCACCACCACCAUCAUCGAGACCGAGAUCACAAUCGCGAUCGAGAUCGAGAUCACAGUAAUUAUUCCUCUACCUCUCAAUACCGCCGGUAUUGA